CUAGACAGGCCGGAGCCCCAGGAAUGUGAUUCUGAUGACGGGGGUGGCUGUGGCUGCGAACACGGGUGGCGGCCACGGUGCUGGUGGUGGUAGUGACAGUCACCAUGGUUGCAGCCACUGCAAAGGCGGGCACAGUGGCUAUGACCAUGGUGACAACGGCCGUGACGCAGUGGCGUUGGCAGCCGUGGCCGUGGAGAGCAGCGGAAGGAAGCCAGAGUGCUGACAGCCCUGACGCUGGGGGACCUGGUGGCAGUGGCCACAGGGAUGGUGGCCGUGGUGGUGGCCCAGGUGGCAGUGGUUCUGGUGACAAACCGGUGGGGCAUGGGAUGGCCAGAUGCCACACACAGUGGCCAGGACUCGUGGUGGACUGUGGCCAUGGUGAUGGUGGCUGUGGUGGUGGGCUACAGCCCGGGGGGCGGCGGUGGCCACGAGCGGCCUGGUCCCCUCUCACCCGGGUCUCUGGGAGCAGCAGCAGAGGGCCCGGCGCCCGAUGACCGCUACCACGCCAUCUACUUCGCCAUGCUGCUGGCCGGCGUGGGCUUCCUGCUGCCAUACAACAGCUUCAUCACCGACGUGGACCACCUGCACCACAAGUUCCCAGGGACCUCCAUUGUGUUCGACAUGAGCCUCACCUACAUCUUGGUGGCGCUGGUGGCCGUGCUGUUAAACAACGUGCUGGUGGAGAGGCUGAGCCUGCACACGAGGAUCACCACGGGCUACCUCUUGGCCUUGGGCCCCCUCCUCUUCAUCAGCAUCUGUGACGUGUGGCUGCAGCUCUUCUCGCGAGACCAGGCUUAUGCCAUCAACCUAGCUGCUGUGGGCACUGUGGCCUUCGGCUGCACAGUGCAGCAAUCCAGCUUCUAUGGGUACACGGGGAUGCUGCCCAAGAGGUACACCCAGGGGGUCAUGACCGGAGAGAGCACGGCCGGCGUCAUGGUCUCCCUGAGCCGCAUCCUCACCAAGCUGCUGCUGCCGGACGAGCGGGCCAGCACGCUCAUCUUCUUCCUGGUUUCCGCCGGCCUCGAGCUGCUCUGCUUCCUGCUGCACCUGCUGGUGCGGCGCAGCCGCUUCGUGCUCCACCACACUGUGCGGCCCCGCGACAGCCGCCCGGGCCACAGGGCUGGGUACCGCGUGCACCACGACGUGGCUGCCGAGGACAUCCACUUCGAGGGCCAGGGCCCAGCCCUGGCCAGCAGCGUGUCCCCGAAGGGCAGCCCGGCCCACGAGGUGGUCAUCCGAGGUAGGGGAGCCUACAUGCGCUUCGACGUGCCUCGGCCGAGAGCGGAGCGGAGCUGGCCGUCCUUCAGAGCCCUGCUGCUGCACCGGUACGUGGUGGCCCGCGUCAUCUGGGCCGACAUGCUGUCCAUGGCGGUGACCUACUUCAUCACGCUGUGCCUGUUCCCGGGCCUGGAGUCCGAGAUCCGGCACUGUGUCCUGGGCGAGUGGCUGCCCAUCCUCAUCAUGGCCGUGUUCAACCUGUCCGACUUCGUGGGCAAGAUCCUGGCCGCCCUGCCCAUGGACUGGCGGGGCACGCACCUGCUGGCCUGCGCCUGCCUCCGCGUGGUCUUCAUCCCCCUCUUCAUCCUGUGCGUCUACCCCAGUGGCACGCCCACCCUCCGCCACCCGGCCUGGCCCUGCGUCUUCUCCCUGCUCAUGGGCAUUAGCAACGGCUACUUCGGCAGCGUGCCCAUGAUCCUGGCGGCGGGCAAAGUGGGCCCCAGGCAGCGAGAGCUGGCAGGGAACACCAUGACCGUGUCCUACAUGACAGGGCUGACGCUGGGCUCCGCCGUGGCCUACUGCACCUACAGCCUCACCCGAGACGGCCACCGAAGCUGCUUCCAGACCACUGCCAGCAACGCCUCCUUCCCCACCGGUCCCUGAGCCUGCUGGCCAGCCCUACCCAGGGAGGGCCACCGAGACCUGCACCAGGGCCCCCAGGCCUGAGGCCGCCUCCCCACCCCAGCCUGCAGUGCCUGCGAGCCCUGGCCACCUCUCAGGCCAAUCACGCCACCCUCUCUGGGCCCAGCUGCCCGCACUGCAGCCCCAGGGUUCCGCCAGUUCUCAGAGGCCUCGGCACGUCACCGCCCCCACCCCCGGGGCUCUGCCCAGCACUGUGCUCUGCGUCCCAUCUCACGUCUGUUCCUCGUCCUCCAUCUGCGUCCAGUGCUCCGUGGGGGCCACUCACAGCCAUCCCCACUCAAAAGAGCAGACCACCAGCCAGUGCCCCCUUGGUGACUCCCACUGCCAGGUCAGCAUUGAGGGCCCCUUGGCCCCAACCACACCGCCCACAGCCUGUGACUGAGCCCUUCCUCCACUGGGAGCCCUCCUCACAAACAGAAGGGGAGAGGGCUAGCCCCGCUGCUGUCCCCUGGAGGCCCCUCCUCCCCCCGAGCCUUACGCCCUGGUUCUCCCAAACAUCGAGUUUGCUGUGGAGGAACCCGAGCCCUGGGUCUGAAGGGUGUCAGACCACAGUCUGUGCUGGCCGGGCACACCAGGACCCGCCCGAUGCCGCGGGCCUGAGGGUGUUGACUCCCGAAGCUCCUCCCUGUCUCUGAUGCAGGUGGGCAGUUUUGGGGGCUGCAAAGCAGCGCCCCACACCCUGGCUGAGGUCAACUCUUGCCCUAAGCCUUGAUCCCCAUCCGGCAAAGCGGAAGAGAGAGAAACCUGAGUCCCGGUGUGUCGGGCGGGUGGAGGCCCCAGGUUGGUUCCCCGCCAAGUUAAGGGGACUCGGGGAAGCCCCCCAAAGACAGGCUCUUCCAGGAGGACCUGCCCUUCCACGCCCACGACACAGCUGUGACCAUCGCUCCACCCCUCUGUGUCCCAUCAGCCACCUGUGUGUCCACUAACUGUACCGCACUGGCCAUUAAAAGACGAAGGCAGAGAAACUGCCCCAUGGCUGC